AUGUUCACGAAUGAAUCGGAAUCACCUGAAUUUUCCGAACAUCUCAUAAUAAAUUGUCCGCAAGAACCUGUCUCAGAUGUGAAUAUUCAUGGUUUCGUUCGGUCUGUCCGUGCACAGAAACGAUAUCACUUUGUCUCUCUCGGCGAUGGAUCCUCUCUCGAAUCACUCCAAGCUGUAGUACCUGCUGACCAGGCUGAAGGUCUGAAUAUUGGAGCAGCAGUCCGACUACAUGGGUCUUGGAUUCCAUCUCAAGGCCGUGGACAGAGCCAUGAGUUGCAAGUUGAACGAGCCGUAGUCUUGGGACCGUCCGACGCCAAGACGUUCCCAAUACAGAAGAAAUACCAGACUCCAGAAUAUCUCAGGACCUUGCCCCAUCUUCGUCCGAGGAUACCGUUCAAAUCAGCCGUCUUGCGGCUUCGCUCUGAAAUCAUCGCAUCCCUGAUCAAGUUCUUUGGCAGCCGUGAUUUCGUGCAGACUCACACACCCAUUCUCACUUCAUCAGACUGCGAGGGCGCAGGUGAAGUCUUCCACGUAUCGUCUGGUGACUCUGCUCAGUCCUCUACAGAGUCUGAGACACCAAAGUCUUUCUUCCGUCGCCCCGUAUAUACGACCGUGUCAGCCCAGUUGCAUUUGGAAGCUCUAGCUCAAGCCCUCGGUAAUGUCUGGACUCUGUCUCCAACAUUUCGUGCAGAGAAAAGUGAUACACCACGUCAUCUUAGCGAGUUCUACAUGUUAGAGGCAGAAAUAAGCUUUACUGACAAGUUGGAUUCCGUAAUGGACCUUGUUGAGGAUAUGCUAAGACAUGUCUGCACCGAUCUGACCGGAUCGAGAGUUAAGAAUGAGAUCUUAGCACGCGUAAAUGAGAGCUCCUCAGAUCUGGUCGCAGCGGAACAAGUUUCCCAGCGUUGGGAUGGUCUUGUACGAGAAGCCUGGCCGCGCAUUACAUACACAGAGGCCAUCGAGCUGCUGAAGCAGUCAGAGACGCCGUUUAUUCACAAUCCUAUUUGGGGCGAAGACCUUCACACUGAACAUGAGAAAUAUAUUGCUAUGAAAGUAGGCAACGGAAAUAGCCCCGUGUUCGUCACGAACUAUCCACGAGACAUCAAAGCUUUCUACAUGAAGGCAGACGCAGAGAACCACAACACAGCAGCACCUGGUACAACUGUCGAAUGCUUUGACCUCCUUGUGCCAGACUUCUGCGAGAUUGCCGGCGGGUCCAUGCGCGAGCAUCGAUUAGAAAACUUAGUGGAGUCUAUGCGCAAUCAUGGGAUGACGCCGAGGAUGACCCUAGAUAAUACCACCGAGCCAUCAGAAACGGUCGAAAAUAACCUUAACUGGUAUGUUGACCUACGGCGCUGGGGCUGUCCUCCUCAUGGCGGCUUCGGCUUGGGCUUCGAUCGACUGAUAUGCUAUCUCUCCGGGGUCCAAACAAUACACGACACUUCCGCGUUUCCCCGCUGGUACGGCCGAUGUGAUUGUUGA